AGAGAUAAAACAACAUGAUUGGGAAGAGGAGAAAAAAGAAAUAAUAAGGUUGAAAGUGGGCCCCCUGCUUUGAAAUCUGUGACAGAGAUGGCAGUUUCUCCUCUGAACUUCUCUCUGCCUAGACCACCUUGUUUUUUUAUAGUACUCCGUUUUUAAUGUUAAUCCUUCUCUCUUCUCUUACUACUUAAACAUUUGUACUUAGAAACUAGUUAUACAUACACUUCUGUUUAUUUCUAUAAUGUCUCAUUCUUCUUCUUUAUAAACCCCCGUUUUCUACUCUGUAAAUUUUCAAUAUUCUAUAUGGAUGUUGUGGGUGUUUUAGCUGCGUGACAACAAAGUCUUCUCAUUCACACCUUUCAAGUUUCUUUCUUUCACCCUUUGGAGAUUGGAGAAUCUAGGGCUUUACUGCACUCAAGGUUCUUGAGAAAAGGGUGUCAAAAAUGGAGAUUGAAGAGGUUAACAAAACUGCAAUAGAGAGUUGCCAUAGAGUUCUGAGUCUCAUUUCAAAGCCUAAAGAUCAGAUUCAGUAUAGGAACUUAGCUAUGGAAACUGGGGAAGCUGUGUCUAAGUUCAAGAAAGUUGUAUCUAUUCUUAAUGCUAGUGUGGGGCAUGCAAGGGUGAGAAAGGCCAAGAACAUUCAAAUCCCUUUUCCCCAAAGCAUGCUGUUAGACAACCCAAUUACUAGAAAUGAUUAUCAGCCCAAGGCACUUCAGCUUCUUCCAACUAAUGCCCAUGAGAUCUCAAUUCCUGACAUGGGUUCUAAUGUUAAAAGCAAUUUUACUUUUGGAAAUAUGCCGUUGGAAUUGAGUUCUAAUGGCAAAGCCCCAGUACAAAUUGUUCAACAAACACCACCACCGUCAAACUAUCAAUUCCAUUUACAACAACAGCAAAAAUUUCAGUUUCAGCAGCAACACUUGAAGCAGCAAUCUGAAAUGAUUUUCCGGAAGAGCAAUAGCGCCAGUGGCAUCAACCUGAAUUUCGAUAGUUCUACCUGCACACCUUCGAUGUCAUCUACUCGGUCCUUUAUGUCUUCAUUGAGUGUUGAUGGGAGUGUGGCUAAUUUGGAUGGUAAUGCAUUCCGUUUGAUUGGUGGAACUCGUUCUCUGGAUCAGAGUUCAUAUCAGCACAAAAGGCGGUGCUCUGCAAGAGAAGAUGGUAGUGUGAAAUGUGGAAGCAGUGGUAGAUGUCACUGCUCAAAGAAGAGGAAGCAUAGAAUAAAGAGAUCAAUCAAAGUACCUGCCAUCAGCAAUAAGCUUGCAGACAUCCCAGUUGAUGAGUAUUCGUGGAGGAAGUAUGGGCAAAAGCCAAUUAAGGGUUCUCCUCAUCCUAGAGGAUACUACAAAUGUAGCAGCAUAAGGGGUUGCCCCGCAAGGAAACAUGUCGAGAGGUGCCUGGAAGAGCCGUCAAUGCUUAUUGUCACUUAUGAAGGUGAGCAUAAUCACCCAAGGAUACCAGUCCAAGCAACGACCACAUGAAAAACUCGAUAGAUGGCACAUGUGGUGUAACUACAGGUUUCUUAGAAUUUCGUUUAAAACUAAAAUGUUGGGGAGGUAUAGGGGGAUACCAAAGGGCUAAGAACUUGUUGGGAAUCAGCAGUUCAUUGUCGUGAAGAACAAUUCGGGUCCAAAAUGAUUGUCAACUUUUUUUUUCUUCUUUUUUUGGUUUUUUAAUUGUUGCAGUUAAAGAAUUUUGUUGGAACAGUUCUUUACUAGGGUGUCUUUAAGAUUAACUUGGCUGUAACUGUACCUUUUGUAUUCCAGCAGUAGCUCUAGUUGUGAAACCUUAGAAAUUGGUUGCUUCUAUUUUGAGAUUAUGACGAAAGUCGUUAUGCAGCUUUUGCAAGCAAAUGCUUGUGGAGAUGUUAUCCGGUAUGCAUUUUAUUCUAUAUUUUGGCAUUA